AGUUCAACACCAAUUACGGUAUCUAGAGCAGCUCAAACCACCCAAUCGAAUAAACAAUGGCAUUCAAAUUCACCAUUCUCUUCGCCGCCUGCAUUGCUGUCGCCAGCGCUGGAGUCGUGCCAGUUGCCGCGCCCUUGGCCGCCGUCGCUCAGGUGGAGGAGUACGAUCCUCAUCCACAGUACACCUAUGGAUAUGAUGUUAAGGACGCCAUCUCGGGCGAUUCCAAGACUCAAGUGGAGAGCCGCAACGGCGACAUUGUUCAGGGCCAAUACUCGCUGAACGAUGCUGAUGGCUAUCGUCGCAUUGUGGACUACACCGCCGAUCCCAUCAAUGGCUUCAAUGCCGUCGUGCGUCGCGAACCUCUCGUUGCUGCCGUCGCUCCAGUUGCUCCCGUUGCUGUGGCUGCCCCAGCGCCCGUUGUGCGUGCCGCUCCUCUGGCUGCGGCUCCCUUCACCUACGCCGCUGCUCCAGCUCCCGUUGUAGCUGCUGCUCCCGCUCCACUUGUCAGAGCCGCUGCUCCAUUGGUUGCCGCUGGCCCAGCAAUCGUCAAGACACAGUUCGCUUCGCCUCUCAUCUCGUACGCCUAUUAAUUGCACUCAUAGGUGAAUUCGACCCGAUAAUUGCCGUUAGUUGUUAUUGAAUAAAGCAUGUGAUGUCAAACAAACAAAAUUGCAUACUAUUUGAUUUAUCAAAAGAAGAAAUUGCCAUUAAUUAUUAUAAAAGU